CCGAAGUAUAUAAAAGAGUAAAAAAUUAACCAACAAGUUGAAUAAGUCAGAAGGUUUAAAGUUGCAUUAACUUUAAUGCCAUUAGGUGCCUAUAUAAAAUAAAACAUUUGUGUGAACAGUCGUAGUAUGAACAAUAAAGUUAACUUAUAUGUUUAAGAAGACUUUAUAAUCGACUACAAGAUGAUUGUACUACCAAGUACUUCAACUGGAGUGUAUAUCCUCAUAGUUGGCAUACUGGUUUCCUUUAUUGGUAUUUCGAAACAGGACUGUGUGUGGUAUGGUGUGUGUAAUAAAGAUGCGUUUGGUCACAAUCAAUAUUGUUCCUACAAUGGCACAGCAAAAGCAAUGAAUGAUGAAGGAUUGCAAUUGCUGGCAGAAAGAUGUAGUUUUUUACUUAAAUCUGAGCAAAAGAAUUUUUGCUGUGACGUUGCGCAGGUAAAAAUAUUAAACGAACAAGUGAAAUUAGCGGCGAAUUUUCUUGAUCGUUGUCCAGCAUGUAUGUCCAACUUAGUUCGCCAUAUUUGCGAAUUCUCUUGCUCUCCAUCGCAAUCUGAAUUCGUCAAAGUGGUUGAAACAAAACCAAAUAAAAAUGAUGUUCCUUAUAUAACUUCUAUCGACUUACACAUAACGGAGGGAUAUAUCAACAAGACUUACAAGUCGUGCUCUCAGGUAUCUGUGCCACAGACCGGUCAAUUAGCAUUAGAUCUAAUGUGUGGAGCUUAUCCAGCGUCACGUUGCAGUCCUACCAAAUGGUUUACUUAUAUGGGAGAUAAGCAAAACAAUUAUUACGUUCCGUUUCAAAUAACAUAUGUUCAACAUCAAACAAACUCAACUAAGGAUGGCUUUACUCCAGCAGAUCCAAAGACUACUCCUUGCGAUAAGGCUGUAAAUAGUGAACUUCCUGCAUGCUCAUGUUCAGAUUGUGAUUCGUCAUGCCCAAUAGCUCCAGUUGAUCCGGUAAUACCGCCCUCAUUUAAAAUUGCUGGAUUUGAUGCGUUUACGGUUAUUAUGACUGUUGUAUUUUCGGUUGGUACGCUUAUUUUCCUAAUGGGAUCAUUUCUAUUCACCAAAGACUCAAUAAAUGAUGAAGAUUUUCAAGUUGGCAAUGAUGGUGCCACAGACGAUUCUAUGUAUAAACAGGAACCCAGAUAUUUUGAAAAGCUUGGAGCACGCACAGAAUUCUUUUUGGAAAACUUUUUCACCAGAUGGGGCACAUUUUUUGCAAGCUAUCCGUGGAUAACAUUACUUGGCGGCAUUGUCCUUGUUGUGGCGUUCGGAUAUGGUAUAACAUUUGUGCAAAUUACCACAGAUCCUGUCAAACUCUGGGCAUCGCCUACAUCAAAAUCCAGAAUCGAAAGAGAAUAUUUUGACUCCAAAUUUGAGCCAUUCUUUAGAGUUGAGCAGAUUAUAAUCAAGGCCGUAGACUUGCCAUAUAUCAAUCACAAUACAUCGAAUGGACCAAUUAAAUUUGGUCCUAUUUUCAAAAAGGAUUUUCUAGCCAAUGUCCUAGAUCUGCAGGAACAAAUAAAAAGUCUCGAUGCAAAUGGUACAUUUCUGAAUGAUAUAUGCUAUGCACCUUUAAAGGAUGACGGCAGUACUGUAAUGGCUUCAGAUUGUGUUGUACAAUCAAUUUGGGGCUACUUUCAAGAUAAUAUAGAUCGAUUAGAGGAUAGUGAGGAAGAUAAUGGUUAUAAUGUUACCUAUUUGGAUGAAUUGUAUCAGUGCAUGAGUAAUCCAUAUUUAUGUUUAGCUUCUUAUGGUGGACCCAUAGAUCCAGCUAUUGCUUUAGGCGGGUUCUUAAAGCCCGGUGAUCAGCUGACAGGCAGUACUAAAUUUGAGCUUGCUGAUGCGAUCAUUUUAACAUUUUUAGUUCGAAAUCAUCAUGAUAAAGCGCAAUUAGUUCGUGCAUUAGAAUGGGAGAAACGUUUUGUUGAGUUUAUGACUGACUAUAUAAAGAAUACUAAGAGUGCCUCAAUGGAUAUUGCAUUCACAACUGAGCGAUCUAUAGAGGAUGAAUUAAAUAGAGAAUCGCAGUCGGAUGUAUUAACGAUUUUAGUGUCAUAUAUUAUCAUGUUUAUUUAUAUAGCAAUAUCUCUAGGACAUGUACAGGAGCUUAAGCGAUCACUGAUCGAUAGUAAAAUAACAUUGGGUAUUGGCGGUGUUAUCAUAGUCUUAGCAUCGGUUGUCUCUUCGGUUGGCAUUUUCGGUUACAUCGGCCUGCCAGCAACUUUAAUUAUCGUGGAAGUGAUACCGUUUUUGGUACUGGCCGUUGGAGUCGAUAAUAUCUUUAUUCUGGUUCAGACCUAUCAAAGGGAUCAGCGUCGAACAGAUGAAGCAAUCGAGCAGCAGGUGGGACGUGUCCUUGGACGUGUGGGUCCUAGUAUGCUCCUAACUUCCGUUAGUGAAUGCUGUUGUUUCUUCCUUGGCGGAUUGUCUGAUAUGCCGGCGGUUAGAGCAUUUGCAUUGUACGCCGGAGUAGCUUUGUUAAUUGAUUUCAUUUUGCAAAUCACAUGCUUUGUGGGCUUGUUCACCUUGGAUAUUAAACGCAAAGAGGAGAAUCGCUUAGAUAUAUGUUGUUUUAUCAAAUGUAAAAAGUCGGACAUUAUGCACAGUAGCGAAGGUCUUUUGUAUAAGAUCAUCAGUGGCGCCUUUGUUCCCUUCCUGAUGAAAAAGGUUGUUCGAGCAUUUGUAAUGAUCAUAUUCUUCGCUUGGUUCUGUGCUAGCAUUGCGCUUGUUCCAAAAAUUGAUAUUGGUCUUGAUCAGGAGUUGGCUAUGCCCGAGGAUAGUUUUGUUUUACAUUAUAUUAAAUCUUUGAACGAACAUCUCAACAUUGGACCCCCAGUAUAUUUUGUUCUCAAGGGCGAUAUUGAUUUUGCCAAUACUUCCAAUCAGAAUUUGGUGUGCUCGGGACGAUAUUGCAAUGAUGAUAGUGCUUUAACACAGUUAUACUUGGCUAGCCGAAGAUCCAACUUGACGUACAUUGCUCGACCUGCUUCCAGUUGGAUUGAUGAUUAUUUCGAUUGGACGGCGUCAACAUCCUGUUGCAAAUUUCAUCCUGAUAAUGGCAGCUUCUGUCCUCAUGAAGAUACAACCUGUUCAAAAUGCAAUAUAAGUAAAAAUCAUCUGAAGCGACCAGAUACACAUGAUUUUGGCGAAUAUCUGCCGUUUUUCUUAAAGGAUAAUCCAGAUGAUUCCUGUGUCAAGGGCGGUCACGCUGCCUAUAGCGGAGCAGUGCGAUACAAUUAUGAUAGAAAGUCUUUAAAUGUGGACGCUUCAUAUUUUAUGGCAUACCACUCGAUAUUGAAAACAUCGUCAGACUAUUUCCUAGCUUUAGAGUCAGCCAGAAAAAUAUCGGCAAAUAUUACGCAAAUGUUGCAGCGCAAUCUUAUUUCGAACGGUCUACCAAUGGACUUGGCACUGCAAGUCGAAGUAUUUCCCUAUUCAGUAUUUUAUGUGUUCUAUGAACAAUAUUUAACCAUGUGGUCAGAUACAUUACAAAGCAUGGGCAUUUCAAUACUUUCCAUAUUUAUAGUUACGUUUAUUUUAAUGGGCUUUGAUAUACAUUCCGCUCUUGUUGUAAUUAUCACAAUAACAAUGAUAGUCGUUAACCUUGGAGGCCUUAUGUAUUAUUGGAAUAUCUCUCUCAAUGCUGUUUCUUUAGUCAAUCUUGUUAUGGCUGUUGGAAUUUCUGUAGAGUUUUGUUCGCAUCUUGUGCACAGUUUCUCUCUCUCCAAAGAGCAGAGUCAAGUAAAUAGAGCUGCUGAUAGCUUAUCAAAAAUGGGUAGUUCAAUAUUUUCAGGCAUAACGCUUACCAAAUUUGCGGGGAUAUUAGUGUUAGCUUUUGCAAAAAGUCAAAUAUUCCAAGUAUUUUACUUCCGUAUGUACUUUGGAAUUGUUGUUAUCGGUGCAACUCACGGGCUAAUCUUUCUGCCUGUGCUCCUAAGUUAUAUUGGUGCACCGCAAAAUAAUGCACGGCUUGAAUCUCAUCACCAAGAAAAUGGUGAACAGGAAACAUCCUUAUCUGGGGUUAGAUAAUUAUUAGUUGUAAGACAUUUAUAGAAGGAGUAUACAAAUCUCUAUGAACUCAAAAUUGUUAUAAAUCAAAAUAAUUUUGUUUAGGUCUCGACAUGUUGUCAGAAAUUGUAUUAUUAUAAUUUUGUUGAUAGACAUUUAAUAGGAAUUUACGAGUAUGUGACACCAUUGAAUUGUUUAGUUUUUGUUUUAUUUUACAAACUGUACAUGUAAACUGGCUAAGGUGUGAUAAUUUUUAAUCAAUAUUUAUGUAAAUAGCUAUACAGCGCUAAUAAAGAACUACAUGAAAAA